AUGUCUGUCUACCUAAUGUCUUUGCAUAUUAUUUGCCUUCAUCACCUUGGUUGCAAUGCGUCAGACUUUAACGAUUUGAAUGACAAUUUUGCAAUACAUUUAGAUCCCGUCACAGAGCUAUCAAGGCUGAACACAGCCACGAUGUGCCUUCAGUGA